UACGAACAAUAGCAACAGUGCUGGUAUUGUUGUGCAAUACGACUUGAGAAAGUGCUAGAGGACUCUUCUUUACUUCUUCUACUUUUAGUUCUGUUCCGGCACAACUUCUGGUUGCACAUUGUUGCUUGAGUGGGUUUCUUUCCACUCUGCGUUCACCUGUUUUGAACUAAACCAAACCAAACAAGGCGUAAAUCUCAGUGCGUAGAUUUUCAACAUGGAUCUCCCGAUUGAUACGGGUGAUGCGUCAUUGGACGGCAAGAUAAGAGAGUGGCUGCAGUAUGAUGAGAAUCCGGUGACACGAGAUGAGAUCAUUCAGCUAGUCCAGGAGAAGAAUCAUGACAAGCUGAACGCUCUGCUCAUGAAACGACUGGCUUUCGGCACUGCUGGACUGCGUGCCCGGAUGGGAGCUGGCUAUGCUUGUAUGAAUGAUCUUGUCAUCAUUCAAACCACUCAGGGUUUACUGCGCUAUAUGCAAGUUGCCUUCUCUGAUGUUGACAAGGACGGUGUUGUUAUUGGUCAUGACGCACGCCACAACAGCAUGCGGUUUGCACACUUGGCAGCAGCAGUGUUCAUUAGUCAACAAAUUCCUGUCCGUCUGUUUUCAGAUAUCGUGCCAACGCCUUAUGUUGCGUUUGCUGUUCGUCGAUACGAGUGUGCAGCAGGCAUCAUGGUGACAGCAUCACAUAAUCCAAAACAAGAUAAUGGCUACAAGGUGUUCUGGAAUAAUGGAGCUCAGAUCAUUCCUCCACAAGACGAGAAGAUUGCAGGGAGUAUCUUGGAUAACUUGGCACCAUGGCCACACGUUUGGUCUGUAGGUGGUUUGGAGGGCAACACCUUGUGUUCAGACCCACUGGCUAGAAUCAGUCAGAUUUAUCAACAAAAGUUGGAAGCAGCAGCAUACCACAGAGUGCAAAAUGAGAACAGUGAGUUUCUUUUCACUUACACUCCGAUGCACGGUGUUGGGCAGAAGUUUGCAGCGGAUGCUUUCUCUACAUUUGGUUUGAAGCCGUUCGUGUCUGUCAAGGAGCAGGCCAAACCUGAUCCAGACUUCCCAACCGUGGAAUUCCCUAACCCAGAAGAGGGCAAGAGUGCUCUUAAUCUAGCCAUGGCCGCAGCAGAUGCCCGUGGUUCAACGGUGAUCUUGGCUAAUGAUCCCGAUGCCGAUCGUUUAGCUGUUGCCGAGAAGAAACCUGAUGGCUCUUGGCAUGUGUUCUCUGGCAAUGAGAUAGGCGCACUGUUUGCCUGGUGGUUGUGGGAGAACCAUCAACGUACACAUCCUGAUUUCGCAGCAAGCAAGGUGUGUAUGAUGUCCAGUACGGUAUCAUCCAAGAUCAUAGCUACCAUGGCCGAGCAGGAAGGUUUCCAUUUUGAUGAAACACUAACUGGUUUCAAGUGGAUGGGAAACCUCACAAAGCAACGGUCAGAGGAAGGCUACAAGGUUCUCUUCGCCUUUGAGGAAGCCAUAGGCUUCAUGGUUGGUUCAGAAGUUCUGGAUAAGGACGGUAUCAGUGCGCUGGCAGGUAUGGCUGAAAUGGCUGUACAUCUCAACACGCAAAAGAAAACACUCUCUCAACAGCUUACGGACAUCUAUCAGAA